AUGCGUUGUUUGUCUCGGUCUCAGAGGGAAAAAUUUGCUGCUCAUUUCCGCUCAUACUAACAGUCUUGUUUACAAAUUUCUGAAUUGGAGUCAGUUGUCAGCAGAGGAGAUCUUUAGAAGAAUCUUUGGAUGUUAAAUACGAAAGUAACAGCCGUGUCUAAAUAACAAAGAUUUCAUUGAUUGUUCUGUCACAAAUUGAGGCCGCGCUCGGUUCGAAUUUUCUCACACGCAUAGUGCCACGUUCAAGGAACACGAAUUUUUAUUUCGACCUCGUAUGAUUCUCGCAAGAUUUCAAGACGUUUUGCGGCUCCGUUUGAAUCUUCAUCUACGUGGUCAAUUCUCAAUGCGUCGGAUCGCUUAUGCGGGCAACAGAAGUGGGAGUCCUCUUGGCAUGGAGUAGAAGCCGUCGACAGUUGUUUAACUACAAGGAACUCGUAAUUCGGGUCCCUGUUUCGUUGUGUCUCCUAGUUUUCUUAAUGCCUUUCACUCGGACUGCAAUAUCGGGUGUUGACGGAGAGAUCGAUAGCAAGUAUCGCCGUUGUUGCGGAAUGCCACUAAAUACCUCUUCGAAAUGCUGGACUGAAGCAGCUUGUAUUUGUGUGGAUUGUGAGAACCGCACGGAAGAUAUCUCAUACGGCAUGGAAUUUUGUUCGUCUUUUCCUUUGAAUGGAAUUUUGAAAAACAGAACUAUUUGCCAAGAGUGGCAAAGCAUAAGCUUACUACAAAAGAAGGACAAAGAGGCUGAAAGAAACUACAAUAAUUUUGAAGGAAUUUUACAGCGUAUCGAUUGUGGGGAAAACUGGGAAACGUACACAUACUCUACAGCAUCAACAUGCCGCGGCUGUCUGGAAGCCUACAAGAACUGGAUUUGCUACACAAAAAUAUCUGAAGCUAUUGAUGAAAUUGAAGAUCAUUACAAGACCCACAAGAGAAGGCAAUGCUUGAAGUUUUGUGAGACUGUGUUACAGAAGUGCCCUUAUCUUCCACCAAACCCACCAGGUGAUGAAGACUUGGUGCAAGUAGGAUAUUCAGCUUUUAACUGCUAUAGUGCGGAAGAAUUGAUUGAAGGGAAUGGGAAUGAUGAAGAUUGCAGAUUAAGUUAUUUCAAUCCAAUGGAAAAAUGCAAGCAGAGCACAAGACUUCUUCAAUCAAUAGCUACUACAGUAACCCCAAGGACAGUAUCAGCCAGUAACUCAAUAUCAAACUCUACAAACACAUAUUUUGAAAGAUAGCUCUGAUGUUUAUGAAAGGGAAGAUCUGUGACCAAGCCUUCAGGCAAGAAUAAUUUGGUAGAUCUCAUCUUAGCUGCUAAAGGUUUAGAAGGUAUAGAAGAUGAAAUAUUUUCUUUGUACAUUGUUCUACUAAAACAAGGGGUGUAAAUAUUCAUGUUAACAAGCUUUGUUAACGUUUUAAUCUAUAAGGACAAAUGUCAUUAGGUUUCCACAUUUUGUGUCAUUUUAGUUUGUUUUUCAAAAGAUUUGUUUUUAUUUAUGCCAUAUGGAUGUACCCUCUGGGCUUUAUACAAAUUAUAUGCUUAGAACCCUUGAGCUCUGCAACACAGUACUGCUAUUAACACUUUCACUUCCAUGAGUGACCAAGAUAGAAUUUCUCCUUACUAUAUCUAUACAAUAUCCUACAGACAAGUGAUGAGAAUAAGAAAAAUGUCAAUUAUGGGAUUACAAAUUGAUCCAAUACCGAAUUCUCCAAACUAACAUAAUGAGAAUUGUUUGGCAGACAGUAAGGAGAAUUACUAAGGAGAUCUUGGGAGUUAAAUGGUUAAAAUUGUUUGAAUUAUUCUUCACUCACUUUAAAAUGAAGGGGCACUAUGAAAUGGGAUUAAAUAUGGAGGAAAUUUCAUCUAAAUUGGUGAAACAACUUAUCUGGCAAGAGCUUAAGGAGAUGGAAACAUACAGUUUGUGCCAUUUUUUAAAUUAAGUAACAGAAUGAUUUUUAGCAUUGAUAUUAUUAUAACAAAGAAUUUACAAUCAUCUAAAAUUUUAUUUAUUUAUUUCCUCUCACCCAAGCAAACAGUAAUCAACAGAAAUUAACAUUAAGGCAAAUUAUUUCAAUGGUAUUCCUCUUCAUUUUCUGUGCUUAUUUUUGAAAAAACAUUUAUGGAAAUUCACUAAUUCAAAUUGAAUUGAUUUCUUUAACUCAUGUAUUAUAAAAUAAUUAUUCUGAACUGUAAACAGAUGAUAUAUAAGUCUUGAAUAUUUGGUGUAAUAGUUAUAGGGGGUUAAGUUAAAGACUUUCCAGAGCACUUACAUGGUGAAGAGUAGUCCAUUUUACAGUUGCAUGCUUGGUUGCCAACCCUUUGAACAGGAGUGAGGCUAAGGGUGACCUUGUUAUGAUACAAAUGUUGUUGCUUUUGAAAUGUGAAUUACUUUGUUAUCGUUCUAACUAGAUACUGGUCUCUAUCACAACAAGAUCACCUUCAGCUUCAUUCCAAAUCAAAGGCUUGGCAACUAAGUAUAUAACUCUAAAAUGAACUAUUUAGAAGAUUUUAUUGUGACUGGAGCAGGCACUUUAACUGAAGCCUGAUAUCUGCAGUCUAGCACUGCCUAUGUGCCAGUUCUCAUGAAUGGGUUUUGCCUUACAGCCUCUCUUUGUUUUCUCCAUUGGUGGCUGCUAAUGGAAAAAGUAAUUGAACUCUUGGAUUGCAGAGUGCUGAAUCAACGUAAUUGUACCAGAAUUGACCAGUUAAUGAAAUAUAUUUUAUACAUAAUAUAUACCAAAUUAUACAUAUUUCUGAAACAAAAAAGCUUCUCUCUGAAUUUGUAGCUUGGAAAUUUGGUUUGCUGUGCAAAUCAAGCAUUUUGCUAUUAGGUAAUUUAAGGACACAUUUUAAAGUAUCUACUGAAUUCUUAUAUGAAGAAUGUAGGGGAUCAUAUUCUGUCUCUAAAAUAAGCCCUGCAUAGUGUUGCUGUUUUUUCAUUGCAUUCAUUGAUGACAGUAUUGUAGGAGUAGUGUGCAGUUGUAGGUUUCAAAAUUCUAAUAUAGUAUGUAAGCUUGUAACAUUGCUUAGAAAGACAAAGUUUACCAACAUCAGCCA